AUGCGUCCUGUUUACAUGUCCCGUCGUUAUAAUCAAAUUCAACGUCGUCUUCGUCGUCAACAACAACAACAACAACAACAGCAACAACAACAACAACAACAACAACAACAACAACAACAACAACAACAACAACAAUAUCAGGUCGUCUUUCGUGUUCGCCGUUUUCUCGGUGGUGGCAGUGGUACUGUCACCGUAACAAGUGCCAGUCCACUGACCAUCACCGUCAAUCGUGCAACAUCAUCAGUUGCUGCUCCUCCUCCUCCACCACCACCAGCUGCUCCAGUACAACAACAACCAUCUGAUCAUCCUGAUUACAGUCAAUUUAAUAUUGACAAUAUUUAA